AAAAAAAAAAAGGAACAAAUUCAGAAAUAAGCGCGGGGGAAGGGGACGAUGGCACUGCCUCUUGCUUACUCAGCCUGGAUAAAGAACCAAUCUUGGGGUUUAUGGUGGAAGGGGUGAUGACUGAUGACUGAGAGGACCAAACGUGCACUUCUCAAUUGGGAAGGCUGCCGCUUCGCACUUGCAGUAUUUAGAGAAGAUUGCCUGAUAAAGCACAGGAAAUAUCUUCAUCUUAGGCGGUGGAUGUAUCGGCGGCUUCGGAAGAUGGGGCAGAAGGUCUUUCAUGCUUCCUCUUCCUCUUCAUCUUCUUCCAAGAUUCAAGCACUGUACGAGCUCUGCAAGCAGAAUUUCACACCCUCGGGAACUCCUCCUCCAUCUCCUGAAGUCAUCCAGAAGCUCCGCUCUCUCAUGGACACAAUUACUCCAGCUGAUGUUGGGCUCACAGAGGAUAUUAGAGACGAUGGUCAUGGAAGUUUUGGACUUAACCAAUUUAAUAGAGCAGGCCCAUGGGUUAAGCCAAUAACUUAUUUGGAUAUACAUGAAUGUGAUAGUUUUACGAUGUGUGUAUUUUGCUUUCCAACUUCUUCUGUUAUUCCGCUCCAUGACCAUCCUGGGAUGACUGUCUUGAGCAAAGUUCUGUAUGGCUCCUUGCAUGUAAAAGCUUAUGAUUGGGUCGAACCGGCUCAAAUACAGAGAAGCACUGCACCAAGUAAUUCACCAGUGAGGUUGGCAAAGUUGGCUGCUGAUAAAGUUGUAACGGCACCCUGUGAAACCCAAGUUUUGUACCCGAAGAUUGGAGGGAAUCUGCAUUGUUUUACGGCAGUUGCUCCUUGUGCUGUGCUGGAUGUCCUCACGCCUCCUUAUAACAAUGCUGCAGGGCGGACUUGUACUUACUACCAUGACUACCCUUAUUCCGGCUUCUCUGUGGGAAAUGAAGAUGAGCCAAGGGAUGGGAAUGAAGAGGAGUAUGCAUGGCUUGCCCCACUACCAGGGCCAAAAGAUUUCUAUACCAUCCCGAGGAAGUAUCGUGGCCCAGCUAUUGAAGUUUAACUUUGGUCAUGUAGGUUGGUGAUCAAACUUGUGUUGUCAUCAAUGCAAAUCAAGCUUCGAGUCCUCACAAGUCGUUUUCAUCGCAUGCUCUCAGCAACUAGAGACCUGGUUCGAAUCUACAGUCUCAUGUUUUAUUCUCCUAAAACAGUUCUCUGAAAUUUUGUUGUGUAAGGAGUUUUUGUUCUGUUUUUUCGUUGUUCUUUUAUUUAUACCUAUAUGGGGACGUCAAAACACCGCAGAUGUAUCAAAAAGCCUUCUUUUCAAUACGUA